UGCCUACAGACCGCGUGGGCUUGACCAAUUGUGCGAUCGUGCGCUUUAGGCCACAGCCAUGCGCCUUUCCCGGAGCAUGGCCCAGCGUGCCUGCUUGGCCAGGGCGGUGUUUUUGCUCUGUGUGCCUGGCCUUUGUGCCUGGUCCUUCCUCUCGCCCGUGGUCUCCAAAAAGGCUCCGCGCUUCUGCGGCGCGGAAAAGGCAGUGGAUGCGCGGAGGUCGACCGCCCUGCGAGCCAGCUUGAGCCUCCCGUGGAGGUCACAGGGUGCGCUGACGGAUCGCCUGAGCGACCGCGAGUGGCUCAGAAUGUACCGAACCCUGGGCCUGCCCGAGGACGCCAGCAGGGCCCAGGUCACCAAGGCCGCCUCCCGGCUCCGCCGGAAGUACAACGAUGACGAGGACGCGCUGCAGCGGGUGGAGAACGCCAACCUUUGGAUCAUGACCCGCCUGCUGUCGGAGAAGGAGGAGGCGCUGAGGUCCAAGCAGGCGGCGAACCGCCUGCGAGAGUUGGGGGACUCCCCGCGCAGGCUCUUUCAGAAGUACGUGGCCGGCUACAUCCCGCCAGGGGUGCGGCAGAUGAUCGAGCCCCCGACCGCUUCGCACUUCAAGUGGGCCAGCGGCUUGCUGGGCACCUUCACCCUCAUGGGCCUUUGUGUGCCCACGCAGGCGACAAACUUCAUCGGCCUGGCGGCGGCCUCCGCCAUGGGCCUGGUGUACCAGCGCAACCGCCCCGAGCCGGUGAAAGACGAUAUGGGCAACGUGGGUGCAAUUCAGAAGCCCAACGUCAAGGAGAUGGCGGCCUCUAUUUCCGUGGUGGUUUGCGGGACACUCAUGGGAGCCGGGCUGUCGCUCUUGAUGUCUGCUGUUCUGAACACAGACUUCCAGGUGUACUUCUGCCCGGCGACCUGCUUCAUCCUGUGGCUCUUCUCUCUCUUCUUCAAGGUCUACCAAUGCUUCGAGUGAGCCCUUAUGGGCCUGAGAGUAUGCCAGUGAUCUGCAAGACCCACUUCAAGACCCAGUAACACGGGCACAAUGCUGAGCUGUCUCAGUCGCCGAGCCACAGAAGCAGAAGAGGCACCA